AGGUCGAUGGCGGAGCACUCUGAGCUGAUCUCACGGCCUCGGCUGGAGCUCGCUGGGCGCCGGCUGCUGGCGCUUGCGCUGGCCUGCUGUGCGUUGUACCUCGUCGUCGGCGACCGAUGGUGCUCCGGGUGGCCCGCUGUUCGCGCUGCUCACCGUCUUCGUGCUGGCGGUGGCGGCUGGGCAGCUGACCGGCGCGGCCGGGCUGCCGCCGCUGCUGGGCAUGCUGUGCGCUGGCCUGCUGCUCCGCAACCUGCCCUACGUCGGCGAGCGCGUGGGCGCCCGGGUCGACGGGCGCUGGUCCUCCGUGGUACGCCUGCUGGCCCUGACGCCGCGGUCGGCCGGCCGGUCCCCGAGGCGACCGCGGCGGUGACGCUCAUUCUCUGCCGCGCCGGCCUGUCCUUCGACCUCGAGGCACUGAGGCGCCUGCGGCUGGUCGUGGCGCGCCUGGCCGUGCUGCCCUGCCUGGCGGAGGCAGCCGUUGUGGCCGGCAUGUCCGCGGUGCUGCUGGAGUUCCCACCCGCGUGGGCGGGGAUGCUCGGGUUCGUGGUCGCGGCGAUAUCGCCGGCGGUCGUCGUGCCGUCCCUGCUGUCGCUGCAGGAGCGCGGCUACGGAACCGCCACGGGCAUCCCGACAAUGGUGGUGGCAGCGGCGCCCUUGGACGAUGUGCUGGCCAUCGCUGGAUUCGGCAUUUGCCUGGGCUUCGCCUUCGGGGAGGCCUCUGGCUGGAUGGACUACGCCCGGGCGCCUCUGGAGCUGCUGCUGGGCUUGGCGGCAGGCGAGAUCGGGGGCGCGCUGCUCGUAGCGGUGACGCGCGCGCCAGAGGCAGAAAGCACCGCCGUCGGGGAGCGACCUCCCGCCAAGGCCGCCGCCGUCAGCCCGCAGGCACGGGGCGCAUGGCUGCUGAGUGUUGCAGUGGUUAGCGCCCUCGCGCUGAAGAGGGCCGGGUUCUCUGGAGCGUCCGCCCUCUCCACGCUGGGCCUGGCCGUGCGGGCCGUGGGCGGGUGGGGCAAGGCGGAGACGAAGCCGGUGGCCGCCCUGCUCGGGGAGGUGUGGAACACGGUCGCGCAGCCCCUGCUUUUCGGCCUGGUGGGCUGCGCGGUGGCCGUGGACGCGCUGGAGGCGAGGGUCGUGGGCCUGGGGCUGGCCAUGCUGGCGUGCAGCCUGCCAGUCCGCUGCUGCAUGGCCUACGUGGCGGUGGGCGGGCGCGGCCUCCGCUGGCAGGAGCGCCUCUUCACCGCGCUGGCGUGGCUGCCGAAGGCGACCGUCCAGGCAGCGAUCGGCGCCAUCGCCCUGGACGAGGCCAGGGACGAGAGGCAGCCGGCCGGCGGCGCGCCAAAGGGGGGGGCGGCGGCCUUCAAUGCUUCUCGGAGGCCCCCCCCCGGCCUUCCGAGAGGCCUUGCAAGGCGGCCUUCGAGAGCCCGGUCCCUCCGCCUCGCUCCUCCUCGCUCCUCCUCCUCCUCCUCCUCCUCCUCCUCCUCCUCCUGCUCCUCCUCCCUCCGAUCCUCCCCAACCCUCGAUAUGACGCUCAACGCCCUCCGGCCCACUACGCUCGGAAAGUGUCGCGUCGAGUGGACCCGCGCGGCGCUCUCGCAGGCUCGGGUGGCGGCGGGCAUGCACGGCUGCGCGAGCGAGGGUCUACUGGAGCAGAUGCUCCCAGAGUGUUCCGUGGGAGGCCCACCGGAACACUCUGAGCACAGGGCGGUGGAGAUGGAUGCGAGGAGGAGAGGAGGACGGAGGAGGUGA